AUGGGAUUGCUCAUAUUAGUGAGCAUGAUUUGCACACUUCCAACAGCUCAGGCUUUUGGCGAUUUAUCGCUGCCUUUUGGGCUUGAGCACAGUGUUGUCAAAUCGCGAUUCUCGUCGCUUUCCGGCGGUCCCAAACAACGUGAUAUUCACGUGUUUGUGAUGAAAAAUAUUAGUGAAGAUACGCCGGUUGGAACGGUGCUUGAGACUUUUCGAGCACACGAUUCGAGUAAUCCGAUGUAUAAUUUCUCGUGAGUUUUUUUUUGAAGUUCGGGGUUUUUAUGUUUAAAAAAAUAGGGAAAAAUAAUUAAAGAACAGAUUUUCCACGUGGCUUUUAAGCUUUAAAAAUUUAAAUAAUCCAACAUUUUGAGAAUAAAAAAUAGCUGGUUUAAAUUUUCAAAAAAUUUGACCAAGUUAAACAUGUCUUUUUCUAAUUUUCUAAGGUUUCGGAGCUUAAAAAUAGGUUUUUGAUAUAAAAUUCAUGAAAAAUCCACGUUCUCUGUUAUUUUCUAACUCCAACGUCAACAUUUCCACGAUGUUUCUAGCUCAAAAACCCCCAAACUUUUCCUUGCCACCCAAUCCAUCAUAAUCAUAUUUACAAACCCACACAUCAUAAUUCUCAUGUAGUCUCCUCUCUUUAAUUGUCACAAUGAGUUAUCGUCAAAAAAUUGGCCCACAGUUGAGAAGAUAUCUCAAAUCUCAAUCUUUUCCCAUUUUUCUGUUCGCGCAAAAAGAAAGAAGGAAGAAGAACAAAUAAAAUCAUAUAUUUAUUAUUAUAUGAAGGGGGGGGAUGACUAGUAAUGGUAUGGUGACCUUUAGAUAGAAAUGUAUUGUUUGUUUUAUAAGUGGUAGGUAGGUAGGUUGGUAGGUAGAAUAUGGAAUAGACAGGUAAAAGGCAAGGUCGUUUAAACAGGGGAGAUUUGAGCUUUUGGAGAGAAUAUUGAUUAGAAACGAUAAUUUGACAGUCAAAAAGGUGAAAAAUAGUUUUUCGCAUAAGCCUUUUCAGCUCCAAAGUUAGAGGCUUGAAAUUAGGGUUUUAAAAUAUUUGUCAAAAAUAUCUAAAUUCCAGCCUUUGUAAAAGUUUCCAAAAAAUUCAUAAAAAUUCCGAUUUUCCCAAAUCUAAAACAAAUAUUUAGUAGAUGUUAAUGUACCAUUCCAUUAUUUAUUAUGAGUGUAACAAAAAAUCCAUUUCCUAUUGCGUAAUUUUUCGCUCAAAGUUACCCAAUAAUUCCUAAUUACCUUAACACUUGCCCAAAUUUUUCUUCGUCUUCUCGAAUACCAGAAGAAGAAGAAUAGACAAGAAAACGAGGCAAAAUUAGGCGCUGUUGACCCCGAUUUUUUGAUUGAUUUUUGAGAUGAGAAUCGGCUGCGGCAUGUUUUGUUCAUUGUGACUAACAAGGUGUUCGUUUUGGAGGAAAAUGGGAGAUUUUUGGGGGAAUGUUGGAUUUUUUGAGCUAGAAAUUUUGGAAAAUGAGAAUAAAAACCAGCUGAAAAUUACAUAAGUUUCAAAAUUUAAUCUUCGAAGCCUGAAGCGUUAUCAACCACCAAAAAAUAUUAUUUUUUUUCAAGCACUUUGAAAAUCUCAAUUUUUACCGCUACAAAAAUUACGCAAUUUCCUCUUCUAAAAAUUGCGUAACUCUCAAAUUUGACACCUGUUAAGUGCAUUUCCAUUUUUAAGUGGUUGUUCGACAUAUGUCCAAUGCUAUGACGCAACGUUUUCACCAAUUUGUUGGCGCCAAAUUUUUUUCUCGCCACGAUUUUUUGAUCAAAUCUUGAGAAGAAAUGCAAACAAAACUUGGACAGGUGUCAGAGACAAAAAGCUGUGCUUUUGUUCUUUUUUGUCUUGUUUUCUUCAUUUCACACCAACAAAACAAGGGAUUUUCUUGUUUUGAAAAGAAGAAGGAAAAUUUAAAGGAACAGGUGGAGAAUUUCACACCAUAUGGUGUAAUUAUCAAGAUUCUCUCAAAAAUGUUCCUUUUUGACAUGAAAAUUACAAUGUUGACUUAUUAUUUUUGCAUGAUGAUACGUGCCUUAUAGAUUAAUAUUAUAUUUAUGUAUAAUAUUAUUUAUAAAUAGGAAUAGAUGGGGAAAAAGGGGCGAGAGGAAUGUUUGUUUUGAAGGAGGUCGAUGACUUUUUGAAUAGGAAUGGCAGGUGUAAAGAAGACUUUUAGGAAGAGGGGCUGAAAAUUAGGAAGAUUUUGAGCUGAAACCCCUGAAUUUUAAGCCAGAAAUUGUGAAAAAUUAUGAAUUUUAAAACCAAAAUUCAGUCCAAUAACUGGAAUUUCUUGCUCCAAAUUUUAUAAGAAAAUCACAAUUUUCUAAUUUUGAAUCAUGAAAACUAGUAUUGUGUAACUUGAACAUUCGGAUUUUUGUGUAUAAAUUCAUCUAAAAAUUCUGUUUAAAUUUCUAACUGAAAAUCCACAAAUUUUCUUUCGGAAAUCUAUGAACUUCGUAUGAAACAUGGAAAAUCACAGUUUCAAUUUGAAAAAUUCCAGUUUUCACCCAAAAAAUUUCCCAUUUCCGGUUCAAAAACCUCUCUUUUCCAAUGGUUAGGCGUUAGUUUAAGCAAACAAACACGCUUUUUCAAUGUUUUAUUCAUAUUUUUCCCGCCCCAGAAAAAGACAAAUAAUAGUAAUAAUAAUAUAUAUGUUCGCCUCAAAAAUGACCGGUGCGAAAUAUCAAAUAACAAAAAGACACAGACCAAUUAUAUAAUUGUUUGUGAGUGUGAAACUUGAACUAUGUGUGCUCUUUUUGAACGCGGCGGGAGUGCAAAAUGAGCAAAACACAGGGUUUCCUGCGUGUAAAAAUGACCAAAAACAUCCCAAAUAACCUCAUAUUUUUCUUCAGAUUCCGAAUCAAUCGACAAUCCGAUCCGAAACGACAAUUCACCAUUGAUCAAGAUGGAACACUUCGAGUUGCUCAUAAAUUGGACCGCGAAGACAUUGCUGUUUAUAAUUUGAUCAUUGAAGCCUAUGAUAAUUGUGAGUUUUUUUUGGAGUUACUGUAAAUUUUGGAGCAUUUUGAAACCAAAUUUCCGCCACAAAAUCCCAACUCUCUCAAUUUUUCCAGCCAACAAUAUUGGUCGUCAAAUGGUUGCCGUCUACUUGCAAGAUGUCAAUGAUAAUGGUCCUGAACCGUAUACCGUACCACGUCCAUGUAUUUUCCGCGAAAAUACGCCAGUAAAUCAAUUGGGAACCUGUGAGAUUCGAGCCACCGAUAGAGAUACUGCGUGAGUUUUUUGAGCUCAUAAUAAUCUGAAUUUGAAAAUUCUCACUAAUUUCAAAAAAUGUCUUGAUUUUGGCCAUAAAAUAGUCAUAUUUCGACUCAAAAUGCUUCAAAUUUUAUCCGAUUCCCCUUUAUCACCGCUAAAUUCCUUAUUUUCAGCGAAUUUGGUCCACCAUUCCGAAUGGAAGUUGCACCAAACUUCAAAUAUAGCCAAUAUUUAAAUGUGGUUUUCAAUCAAAUGGGCGACAAUGGAAAUGGAUCAAUGACAAUCACUCCACUUCAAGAAUUUGACCGAGAAUCGCCAGUUCCCGGAAAAAUUCUCGAAAUCCCACUUAAAUUGACUGAUCAAGCUGAUAAAACGAAUUAUGCAUCGGUUCAUGUGAUUAUUGGAGAUGUGGUAAGUCGACUUUUCACUUUUUUUAUGACUUUUCGCGCCACAAGAAAUGGCCACCAUAUUUGGGUUAACGAUGUGUCAUAAAAUGAUGAUUAUGUUAUUGAGAAGACAUUUUUGGAAGAGGAAACAAAUUGGGCAAUUUUGCGGGAAAAUUUGAGGGAUUUCUAGGCUGAAAAUUGGGUGGAAAUCUAGAUCUUGAGCCCUGAAAAUUUGAUUUUUAAUCUGAAAUUUUUGGCUGAAAAUAUUAGUUUUCACGUCAGAUUUUUAAUUUUUCCCAAUGUUUUUUGGUGCUAAAGAAUCACCACGACCACAAAAUCUACAGUAGCCAGCCACUUUCCCUUUUUCCACCCUCUUCUUUUUUUUUCGAUUGUGUCAUAAUCUGUCGGCACCUUUUUUGUACUCACCCCAAAAAAAGAAUACUAUUUCUAAUUUGUUUGCCAAUCUUUUUUGGCUAAUAUGGUCAUAUUUUUUGAAGAGCGUCGGCACCUCUUUUUUGAUGAUUUUGAGGGUUUUUUCUAUUUUUGAGGGACUUUUCUAUAUUUUGAAGUGUACAAGAAAAAGAGGGGCCCAAUUACUAUAAUAAGCAAUUUGGAGAGAAUACUCUCUACUCUAUUUUGGAUAUACAUAUAACCUAAUUUGGAAACACGAAAUGAAUGGGAUGAGGGAAGAAAAUAAGGGAAGCGAAAAGGAAAUUUGAAUCGGAAGGGUGGCGGGGAAUUGAUGGAUUUUGGAGUGAAAAAUUGGGGAGAAUUGGGGAUUCUGAGCCUAGAAUCUUUAGGAGCUUUGAAACUUCAUUCAUUUUUAGAUUUUCUGGAUUGUAAUUGUGAAAACUGGGGAUUUUUGAGCCUAGAAACUUUGAAAGUAGGCUACAGUAUCCGAGUAUCAUGGAUCCACGAAUUAUACGACCUCGAGUGUUUGCACAUUUCUCCGGCUACAGUACAUUUGUGCGCGGCAAAUUCAAACGCAUGAGAAUUUUUUUGAAAAUUUUUUCUUUUUUUCUGUUUUUUUCAUUUCGUGCAUGAAAUAUGAACGUAAACGAAAAAAUGGAGAAAAUGACCAGUUAGUAUAUGAAAAAAAAAAAUAAAUUGAUGAUUUAAAAAGUUGCCUACUACAAAAAGCCUCAAAUUCUAUAUUUGACAUUUUCAGAGCAAUUUCUUCAGUUAUUUCAAUCAUGAACACCUUGAAAUAGAAAGAGAAAACUUUUUUCAACAUUUUCAGCAAUAUUUAUCCAGGAUUUAUCGAAUUUUUAUUGACAAGAAACAUAUCCAUGACAAAAUACGUGGUUUUUCGAGGUGGCCAUACAUUAAUGAUUAUUAAAAUCCGCAACGACAAUCAACACUCAUCACAUAUUUUCCGCCAUAAAAUUUGCUUUCGAAUGCUAUAUUGGACAUCUCAAUCGACCCUCUAUGAGUGAAAACCUAAUUUCACAUCUUGAUUUCAAACUUGUGUGUCGCCUUGUUUGUGUGUGUUUUUCCUUUUAUCGCUUGUGCCUCGGCCAUUUUCACGUUUUGCUCACUUUUACAGAUAUCGAUUUGUAGAACUUUUCAUGUUCUUUCAUAUACUAACUGGUCAUUUUCUCCAUUUUUUCGUUUACGUUCAUAUUUCAUGCACGAAAUGAAAAAAACAGAAAAAACGAAAAAAUUUUCAAAAAAAUUCUCAUGCGUUUGAAUUUGCCGCGCACAAAUGUACUGUAGCCGGAGAAAUGUGCAAACACUCGAGGUCGUAUAAUUCGUGGAUCCAUGAUACAAUUUUCUUGAUUUUGAAUGAAAAUGAAGAGCUGAAAAUUCAUCAAAAGUUUUCGGUCUACAGUCCCAAAAGUAGUUCAAAAAUCCACCUACAGUACUCAUCUAGGGUCUUGGGCAGAUUUUGUUAAUUCAAUUCAAAAUUCAGUGUGUGUUUUUGUGCUCUAAUCCUUCUCCUCCUGUUCAUCUGAUCUCUUAAUUAGGCCUUUCUCCCAUUAUUUUCUUCCUGUUUUUGAACCCAUUAAUGUGUUCAUUCUCUAAUAUUAUAAUAUGUCAAGUGCCUACUAAUUUGCAUGUUUUAGUAGAACAUUUUGAGAGUAAGGGAUUAGGUGAAAGGGGUCAAAAAUGGAGAGGUGCUAUGAAACUAUCUCAAAACAUUCUGAAUAAUUCUAGAAGAUAUAGAGAAAAAUCCCAUAAAAUUUCAAUUUUAUUCAAUUUUUUGCAGAAUGACAACCCAAUGCACGAUGGAAAAAUGACAAUCCACGUAAAUUCGUAUUUGGGAAGAUUAAAACAAACAACAAUUGGAAGAGUUUAUGUGGAUGAUGCAGAUGAUUGGGAUUUGGCUGAUAAAACAUUCUCAUGGAAAGAAUCGAAAUCCGGAUUCGAAUUAUCUGAUAAAGGAGAAAUUACAAUGGAUGCAAAUAUGCCAGCUGGAACUUAUACAAUGUCUGCAAAUUGUCACGAUAAUAUGAGAGAUGAAGAUGCUGUUGGUUAUGUUACUGUAAUUGUGAAUACUGUACCACAAGUCGCAUUUGAUAAUCAAGGAUCGGUACAAUUAUUGAUAUCAGAAGAUUCACCACUGCAAUUGCCCGAUGAUUUUAUAAGAUCGGAUUCGAAUGGAGUGUCGUUGUUGGAUAGUUUUAAACAGGAGAUGAAUAAUUAUAUGGGAGGAGAUGUGGAGAUUGAUGUUUUCUCGAUUCAGGUAUGCAGAUUUUGCGGGAACGGUGUUAUGGGGAAAGUUUGGGUGAAAUUUUGAUUUUAGCGGGUUUUACGCUUCAAAAUUCAUGAAAAACCCGAUUUUUUGACAAUUUUUCACUUCAAAAAUUAUUUUUUUGCACUAUGUUUUGAUGAUUUUUGAGCUCACGAUUCUAUUAAUAAUCAGAAUUUCAUUCAGAAUUACGAUUUUCUACCAAUUUUUCACUUGAAAAUUAUGAUUGGCUGAAAACUGCCUUUACCCGUUUUAUAUUUGAAAUCAGCUUCAAAUUUCAUUUUUCAACUGAAAAUUACUGAUUUUGUACUCAGACCCCAAGCCUGUCUCUGAAAAUCAAAAAACUUCACUGUUUCAAAAAAUGUUCAUGUGUUUUUCUCAAAAUUUGUAAUUUUGAUAUCAAGUUGGACUCUUAUUCCAAAAUUCAAAAAAUUCAAGGUUGAUUGGGCGACAAGUCUUGGAAAAUUGGUAAAAAUUCUAGCUGUUGUUGAUUUAUUUUUUUGCACCGAAGUUUUUCUAGCACUUUUUAUUUAUAAUUUAUAUUUUAAACCUAAUAUUGUCAUUCCGAAAAUAAAAGAACCCCCGUUUGAAUUGGCGCUCACGUACAGUAGACUAAAAAUGACGUGACACAUGCACAUCAAACUGGUUGGCAAAUAGCCAACGUGUAAAUUUCGCAUUUUAUUUUUCAAAUAGACUCCAAAAUUUUGCGAAGUCUACUGUGGUCUUGGUUUCCUAGGCCAUUUCGGUUCUCUUCCAACGUUCUUAUUUUUUCGGAAUGACAAUAGUUUUUUUUUGGAUUUUUUUUGAAAAGGCAUGGAAAAAUUACGUUUUAAUAAUUGAAUUUAUACAAUUCUGAAUUUUUCAAAUUGAUUUUGCGCACACAUUUCAAAAAUUGCAUUUCAAAAAUUCUGGGAUUUCUUUUAGAUGGUUGUGAAUUUAUUCCCCCACCAAUUCUUCCACCCAAAACAUCUCACCAAUAAUAAAUUUCAGGUCGGACUCGCCACUCUUCAAACUCGCGAUGUUCCAGUUCUCAAUGUUCGUUUCAAUGCUCGCGGAGCAAAUUAUCGCGAUUCAGCUCAACUCAACGGAUUAGUCUCAGCGCACAGAGAACAACUUCAGCAAAAAUUGGGUGUCGAUAUUGUUGGUGUCGGAAUUGAUAUGUGCAAAUUCACAACUUGCGAUGCUGGAUGUCAAACACUGAACUCGGCUGAUUUCGAUGGUGUUGUUGUCGCUGCAAAUAGUACGGUUGUUGUUGGAGUUAACACAACUUCCCGUGAUGAUUGUACUUGCCCGAUUUGGCGAGCUCCACCCAGUUGCCAACACUCGAUUUGUCAUAAUGAUGGAGUUUGUCACAACACAAGUCCCGGAUUCUUCUGUGAAUGCAGAAAUGAUGGAUUGAAGGGAUCAAGAUGUCAAGGAACUACUAGAUCUUUCGGUGGAAAUGGAUUUGCCUGGUAUAAACCGAUGCCAGCGUGUACCAGCUUGAAUAUCUCAUUUAGCUUUAUGACAACGUGAGUUUUAGAGAACUGAAAAUGUUAUGAGAAAUUAUUAGCCCGAAAACUGUUUUUCGGCCCUGAAAAUUUGAAUUCUGGAAUUUUACAGUUUUUGGUCGUUUCUUGACUCGGAAACUAUUUUUUGUAUUUUUCAAAAAUAUAUCAGAAAUACCAAGAUCCUCUAAAACUCUCAAAACCUUUAUUUUUGCAGCCAAUCUGAUGCUCUUCUCUUUUACAAUGGACCAAUGGAUACAGACACAGCUGGAACACACAUUGAAUAUUCCGAUUAUAUUUUCAUUCAACUUCGAGGUGGACGAGUUUCACUUGAAGUUUCAAUGAAUGGACAAAGUCGAUCAAAUCUCGAAGUUCAAUCUUCAGCUUUGAAUGAUGGAACUUGGCAUGAAAUAUCAGUAAAUCAAGAAGGAAAACGAGUUGAACUAGUUAUCGAUUCUUGUCGAUUCCUUGGAAUGGGAACUGAUGAAUCAUCCUGUAGAGCUGAAAUAUAUACACCAGAUGAUGAUGAAAGAUUGAAUAUUGUGACACCUGUACAAAUUGGAGGGCUUGCACCACUUUCUGGACAAGAUUAUCCAAAUUCUGUACCAAGAACUGGAUUGAAUGGAUGUGUCAGAAAUCUUUAUGUAAAUGGAGAUCAAUAUGAUUUGGCAACACCGGCUUAUGAACAAAAUAGUGAAAAAGGAUGUAGAUUGUGGGGAAGCGCGUGCGAUUCGAAUUCGAUUGAUUCUUUGAAUCACUGUGUACAUGGAGAUUGUUUUGCGGAUAUUCAAGGAAGCACUGCGAUGGUUGCGAAAUGUAUUUGUGAUCCAGGAUGGGGUGGAAGUCGAUGUGAGAAAAAGAUCGAAUGGAUUCAGUUCUCAUCAGGUGGAUUCAUUGAAUAUUCACCCAAAGUUGCAUUCAAUGAACAAAAUAACGAGAUUGAUUUGCUCUUUAUUUCUGGAAAAGUUGGAGGAACUGCUGAACUUUCAUACGGAACAGAUAGUCAGCAAUCUUAUGUAUCUACAAAUCUAGAAUCUAGCUCGAAUGGAAUUAGUCCAGCUGCCAAAUUCGAUAUUGGCGCCGGUGGUCAAAGAAGUCAACACGAACUUCGAGUCGCCGAAGUUUUGCUGAAGGAGAAUGCUAGUUAUUGGAUGCAAUUUAGAAGAAAUCCGACAAAAGCAUCAUUGACAAUUGAUGGAGCAUAUUCAGUUGAGGAAUUGAUUCCUAAAGGACAACCGUAUUCUUUGCAAGUCAAUCAAAUUAUGCUUGGAACACAAGGACAAGGAAAAGGAUUCCAGGUUUGUUGGGGAAACAUUUGGGGAUUUUUAAAACAGUCCCGAUUCUGAGGAAUCUCUUCAAAACCUUCAUAUUUUUACAGGGUUGUAUUGGAACAUAUCGUUGGUCGAAACAAAAUAUGCCAUUGAAACGCGGUGGAAGUUUGGAUGAAAAUGAAGAAUCGAUGGUUUCAAUCUCGAAUUCUGGAGGUGUUCAAGAUGGUUGUGAUCUACGAAUCACUUGUGCCCACCUUCCUUUGGGUUACUGUGGCGGUUCUUUUGUGUGUGUCGAUUUCUGGAAAGGACCAUUCUGCACUUGUCCUGAUGGAGCUAACGCGAUUCUUGGAGAAGAUGGACAAGUUGUUGGAUGUGGAGCCACGUUGGCUGUUUCGAAAUUGGGAAUUAGUAAUCCGGCGAUUAUUUUGAUUUUAGUUUCGUUGGCAUUGUUAAUGAGUGAGUUUUGGUGUUUUUUGGAAUCAAAAAUUAAUUUUUCAAUUUUCAGUUCUUGUUUUGAUGAUGGUUGUUUACACGCGACGAACACCGGCACCAUUUGAAAAUAUUCGACCAGAAGAAUUGAAUCGCGAUAACUUGAGACCGUAUGCGGUUGAAGGAGGCGGUGAAGCUGAUAAUGAUCAGGUUAGUACCUUUUUUGCUGUUGAACAAAUGAUUUUUCGACGUGGGUUUGAAAAAAUUAAAAUUUCACUCCAUUUUCUAAAAAAAAUGUGCCACAUGGAAACCAUAAAAAUCUAAUUUUCUUUUUUUUCAGUAUUCAAUCGCUGGUCUUCGAAAACCAGUUAUGCCACUCGAUACUGGAUUAGGCGGUGUAACAGGUGGUGCACCACCAUUAUAUCCGCCACGUGGAAUGAUGAAACCACAAAAUGACGAUGAAUUGAACUCGAAAAUUAAAGAUCUAGAAUCAGAUCAGAAUGCCGCACCUUAUGACGAACUUCGAAUUUACGACGAUGAACGAGAUAAUAUAUCAGUUGUCACUUUGGAAUCAAUUGAAAGUGCUCAAUAA